AAAAUAAAGAGAAGAGAAAAAUGAAUUCCAAAUUGAAAUUCUAAGCAUUUUGGUAAAUCUUUGUAUACACUCAAUGACAUCUUGUAUCAUUGUAUAUGACAGCUUAUAUGAAAAAGUAAAAAAAAAAAAAAAGAAGAAGGAUUCAAGUCUUUCUUUUUGUUUCUACAUGACAGGCUUUAUUCUUGAACUGUUUUGUUAACUUUGCGUCACAAGAAUCGUCUGCAAUAGCUUUGAAUGAACAAGGAUGGUUUCCCAUUCUACUAUAUUUAUUUGCAAGAAGAAAGCUAUUUUUGUUUCUCAAAUCACAGAAAACUACCCAAGAGCCAGUAUCUAUUUAUUUAUUGUCGAUUUCCUCUGUCAACACAAAACGUAAAUAAAAACGAGCAACGGAAAAAACAAAAAUGUUUAGUAAUUUUGGGCGUUGUUCUUCGUUCGAGCUUUAUUUUAUUUCUUUUUUUUAAUAAUAUAUACUUUAAAUAAUUCC